GCUCUGAUAACACAACUCACAUGAAUAUUAGUCCCAGACCUAAGCUGUGUUUAUAACCAUUUUGGGAAAAGGCCCAAAGCCUUUUUGAUUGGUAAAAAUGUGUCGUUAUGACUAAAAUAAGGAACACCCAAUUAGCCUAGUAAAAAUUUGACACCAAACAGUUUUCAGGGAUCGGCAAUAACUAUAUUUCCUAGGGAUCAUGAAGGGACACCACUAGAUGAAAUCAACACACUCCCUUCCUUAAAUCAGGCGUUUCAGGGCGGAAACAUCACUGUUACUGAAAACAAGGAGACUAUAUUUUUUUUAAAUUUCAGUCAAGUUGCCCAUCCACAUUUAAUGAAGAUAACAACAAUAUUGCCUUAAUAAAAUUGACAAUAGUUUUUAUGCCACCACCUGUGCAAUCAUUUUACUCAAUAUUUGUAACUAUUCAUUUGUAUUAAUGUUCAUGAUUCCAUUAUAUUUAGAGAAAACCUUAAAAAUACUUGUUCAACUAUACAUUAAGACAUCUUCGACUCAGAACAAAUUAAAUUGAAAACAUGAGGACAUUUGAGCUGUAAGCAUUCUUGCAAAAUAUAAAUCUUGAUCACUACCAAAUACUUAAAUUUAACAAUCAUGUAUUCCUUAACUUAUUUUUUUUCUUUAAAUGAUAUCAAUUUACAAGGUAUAAUAGCUGAAUGAAGUAAUUGACUGUGAUACAGAUAAUAUACUGCUUCUUUAUUAGCAAAAUAUAAGACAGCUUAUAAUGUUGAUUUUUUUCUUCUAUUGUUUUAGAUUUGCAUUGAAAUAUCAAUUGGACUAAAUCACAUGUCUUUUGGAAUAUUAACAUGCUCAAUUUCUUUUUCCACUAGUGUAUCAUUAAACUUCCUUGUUAAGAAAUGAUCAGCAAAGCCUUAUGCGAUAUGUAUACAGUAGUCAAGGGGAUAACAAGACUAGAUCUUGAAAAAAGUAUUUAAAACUUGCUUGAAAUUGUGACAUUUAACAGACAUAUUGCAAGGAGUGCUUAAAAUUAUUGAUUAAAAAUGGCUUCAAAGCACACAAAGUCCUUUAAAGACUCGAUGUCAAUGGCAUCUGAUUUGAUCCAUGACUUUGUCUGCUAUCCAUGUCAAGAAGACCAGCUAAAUACCGAGGCCAAGUAUUUCUGUGCGGAUUGCUCAAAAUACUACUGUGAUAAAUGCCUGACAUUUCACACCAAAAUUCUCAAACAGCAUGCUGUGUUGGGCCGUAAGGAUGUGGACAAGUGGGAGGGGCACCACGGCACCCUCAUUUCAUGUGACCUUCACCCACAAGAGGUCAUUAAACUUCUAUGUGAGGACCACGCUGAGAUGUGCUGCCACCUCUGUGUGUCCUUGAAUCACAGGAUGUGCAGAAGUAUUAGCUUGAUCUCAGAUCUGGCUAAGGGUGUAUACAAUAUGGCCGAUUUCACGCAGCUCCCAUCUAUGGUUGCUAAGGUAACAACAAGUCUGAACCAGGUUAAAGAGGUCAGAAAGAAGAACCAAGGCUCCUUGAAGACUUGUGGCAAGUCCAUGCUGAGAAAGAUCACAGACCUGAGGAAGAAACUGAACCAGCUGCUGGAUGAGCUGGAGAAGAGGACAGUGGAACAGAUGGACAGCCUCCUGACUGACCUGGAUGACACACUACAGAAGGACAUUGACUCCUGCUCAAACAUACAUAACCUGCUCAAAGCCUUGCUGGAAACCAUCCAAGCCCAGGGAAAGAAAAAUGAGUCAAGUGUCUACAUUGGCUUCAGGAAGUGUGAAGAGAAGAUGGAAGAGGCCAACAGCCUGCUCCAGGAGAUGUCUACAAAACCUGAACUGACUGUCACUUUCCUGCCUGAUACUAGAGUUACACAACUGCUGUCUGAUAUGCAAACAUUAGGCAAGAUCCAGGGAUAUCGGGAAACACAGAGUGGCCAUCAAAAGUCUGACAAGAAGUCUUCUGAACAUAUCAGGCCAUUGCCUGAUAAGUUAAGGGUUUUUAAGGUUAAAAAAAAGUCAACCUUCAAUGUCAACAUCAAGCCAGAUACAUUUACCUGUGAUAUUAUGGGUAUUACAGAACUUCCAUCAGGAGAGACUGUUAUUGUAGAUAACAAGAAUAGCAGCGUGAAGAUAUUGAACAUGAAGUAUAAGGUAAUAGCCCACUGUGAUGUUCCUACAAAGCCUCAAGACAUCUGUCAUGUGACUGGUAAUCAGGUGGCAGUAGCAAUAAACUGUACUAAUCCUGUCAGACAUGAGGUUCACUUCCUCAACGUGUCAGCUGGCACUAUCAAGAUAACAAGGAAGAUUUCAGUUAACCAUGACUGUAAUUCAAUCAGGCACCAUAGGGACAUGCUGUAUGUGGGCUCCAUGACUGCCCUGUAUCUCUACACUACAUCUGGAAAGCAAGUCAAGACAAUAUAUAAAGUCAAAUCACCAGCCCAGACAGUGGCUCAAUUUGCUUUGACCAAAGAUGGCAAAACAAUCCACAUCUGUGAUUUUUCCAUGCACAAGAUCAUUACAAUUGACAUCAAUGGCAGCAUUGUAGCCACACUGCAAGAUGAAGAAGUUAGUGGGCCACAUGGUGUACAUGUGAGUGAGGAAGGUCAUGUGUUUGUGUGUUCAUGGGUCUCCAACACUGUGGUGCAGAUUGACCAGGAAGCUAGGAAGAAGCUGGCAACACUGGUCAAGAAUGGAGAGGGCAUUUACCAUCAAAAGGCAGUUUGGUACAGCAACAACACUGGCAGACUGAUUGUGGUUGGACACCAAAAUGACAUUCUGGUGAUGGAACUCCAGUAGAGAGAUAGUCAGAAAGUCAACAAAAUUUGGCAACAGUGGAUGAAGUAAUGGAAUGAAAUUAGAUGCAAACCAGUAAUAUUUUAUAUUUUAACUGUAACUGCUUUAGUGUGUAAAUCAUUUUCAAACUAUGUUUAAUUCAAUUCAAUUCAUUAUAAUAUGUAUAUUUCCUAGUUAUUGGGCAGAAACAUUUUUUCUACUUUUAGUAACUGUGACCUUGACCCCACCCUCCUCAAAAUCAAUCCCAAGAUAGCUCUUCACAUAUACCAUCUUUCAUCACUAUUCAUCAAAUUUUACUAAAGUCAUUUGGCAGAAACCAUUUUCUAUUUUUAGCAACAAUGACCUUGACCUUUAUUCCACACCUCAAAAACAAUCAUAAGCUUGCUCUUUACAUAAACUACCUACACACCAACUUCCAUGACUAUCCAUCAAUGAUAGCUUAAGUUGUAGGGCAAAAACAAAUGUUUCUGCCACUUUAAGUAUCAGUGACCUUGCCCUUGACCCCUGCCCUCUCAAAAGCAUUCCCAAGCUUACUUUUCACAUAAGCUAACAUCACAUCAACUUUCAUCACUAUCCAUCAAUUAUUUCUUUAGUUAUCGGGCAGAAACCAUUUUUCUAUUUUCAGAAACAGUGACCUUGACCUAGACCCCAGACCCUUCAAAAGCUAGCUAGCUCUUUAUAUAAGCUACCGUCACACCAACUUUCAUCACUAUCCAUCAAUGCAAGCUUAAGUUAUUGGUGGAAACCAAUGUUUGAUGCAAGCCCGCCUGCCCGAAAAUGACAUUCCCGUUCAAAUGACCCGGGAAGUGGAAUCAUAGUGCACUGUCAAAGUGUAAAGGUGCAAAAAAUUCACGAUAUAUUUC